AUGCUCGCCGAAGUUCUCUUAGUCCUGUCAGGCCACCCAUCUUCCUUCUUUGUUUCCCACCCCUCGAGUUCCUCAUCCAUACGCUCCCUCACAGUCUCACCGAAGCUUGAAGAAUACCUUCAUCCAGGCGAGGUAUCUGUCCUGAAUGCUUUGGCCGACUUGGCGCGCCAGAGCUACAACGUGCGAUUAUGGGCGCACAGUAUUCAAAGACGGGGUAGAGCAGCAAUGCUUAAUAUCUCCGCGAAGGGGAAGCAGAAAGAACAUGUUGAAUCAGUUCCUAAUCAAUACCUGUCAACAUUGGCCAGUUCAAUCUUGGAUGUCCUGACGGAAUGGGAUGCCUUGAUCGUGGAGCUGGAGAGCCGUAUCCUAUCACUCGACCCUGAAGUGGUACAAGAUCAAGCUGGACACGUGCCUCUGUCCGUCUUGCUGGCCAUGGUCUCACCAUGGCAGGCCCCACUCGGCGAGCUCUCAGGGCUGAUCAAAACUGUGGACUCGACCAGGAACAUCACGCCUGGCCAACUGUUACAGCUCGUGGAGGAUCGCUCACAGACUGGGAACCCGAGGAUCCGCAAGAUCCUCACCACGUUAUCCGGAGCUCUCAUCAGGUUGUUCCUCGCGCAUCUGUGCGCCUUUAUUCUGGAUGGUCUGACAUCAACGGAGUCCAACCCAGUAUUGCCAUCGCUUGGCUUGGACAGAGGUCCAGAUCCUCUCUCUCCAAAACAUAGACUGUACGCGCUUAAUGGAGAGCUAUGUCCGCCAAGCUUGUCCGGAUCGACUAAGGAGAGUAUACUGUACAUCGGCAGAGUGACGGCCACUCUGCGAUCCAAGAAUACGGCGUUGCCGAAAGGGACGACAAAGGAUCUCCGAGAAGUCAUCAUGUCGGUCAAAUCGUUGGAAGACGGGUCUUUGGACAAGGAGAUCAGCCGUACGCGAUCUGAAGUCGGCGAAUGGCUGUGGAGGAAUGUACUCACUGGAGGUCAGGUUGUUCAGGCUUUGAGGUAUUUUGGUGACUACUUCCUGACAAGAAAUGCCGAGCUAGCCACUGGAACGAUACGGGAAAUACAUGCCUUGCGACUCGACAAGCUCAUUACCGCCGACCCGCAUUCUUCCUCCUCAGUCAUCAGGGAACAGGACCUGCGCCAUGCUUUGCUCAAAGCCAGUGUUGGGACAUCGGCAGAGAACGACAAAGCGUUGGACAAUGUCAGAUUCAGAUUGGAACGUGGGCCUAUCCGACCGCUUCUGACCCAUUUGUCACCUGUAAAGAUGCGUAAAGUGGACGCAAACAGAAAAGACCCAGAUUCUCAAAAGCUUUACGAUGACGAAGAUUCAACCAACGACCUAUUUUCCUCAUUCUUGCUUGGCUCACCGCUCACUCUCGAAGCCUCGAUCAGUUGGCCAUUGGACCUGUUCAUGACUCCCAAAGCUCGCGAGACAUAUACGGACAUACAUUCUUACCUCUUCGCUCUUCGAGAUGCACAUCUACGAAUCUCCGAUUGCUGGAAAUCUCUCUCUGCCGCACAACGACGCCGAAGGAAAUGGACCUCUACGACUGAAGGGGGCACUCGAUCAGAAGUCAGGGCUCGGCUGGAACUCGCGCGCGCCGCAUGGGGCACAGUUCGAAUCAUGCUAUUCUUCCUGGAUCAAUUAAUUGGGCACUUCAUGACUGACAUCAUCGAGGUCCAGCACCAGCACUUGUUGGAUGAGCUAGAGUCUAUGACAAAUGGCCAUCAAUCUAUGUCAAGGGCAGUAUCCACGAGGGGCUCGAUGAGGGCAUCGCGUUCUGUCAGGUCAAUUAGCGGGAGCAUUGCCGGUUCCACAAUCGAUCACGAUACCGUCUGGAACAAGAAAACGCUUACACAGGGCAAUACCACAGAGCACCUUGAUUUUAUCACAUUGCGCGCUAUGCAUUCUCGCCACCUCUUCUUUCUCCGCCAAGGGUUACUACUCGCGGACCGCAGCAUAGCAGUAGUUACUCGGGACAUUUUGGAGAUUUGCAUUCGGUUCACUGGUCUUGUGGAGCGAUGGGAAGGAGACGUGGUCCCAGAACUGCUUCUUGAGGGAUCGGACGGGGAGCAAGUCGGUCAAUUGGUAGCGGAGAGAUCAGAAGCCAUUGCAGAAGUCAACGGUGAACUUCGAGACCAGAUCCUCACCUUAUUUCACGCCCUCUUGUUGACGCAGAACCCGAACCCCACCAACGCCAACGGAGAAGUCUCCACCAUCACUGCCGGGGCGUCAAUGUCCCGCACGGCCAGAGCUGCGCAGAUCAUCCAGUCUUCCAGAAUGCUCGUCUCACGACAGAUGAGCUUCAGCAAAAACGCCAACGGGCUAAAGGCAGGAGCGAAGGCACAGGCUUCAGACCGGUCGUCACGGAGCGCCGAAGCCGAAGCCCUCAUGGCUCGACACAUAGAGCAGUGUAAGCAAUACUUUGGCUCGUCCCUUCUCCCCAUACACUGA